UUAUCACAUAUGGAGAGUACAGAGCCAGAUGCCACUGCCAAGGCUGUGCCAGCCACCGAUCCAGAGCCUGCUGAGAAGCCUGCAGAGACUCUUUCGCAAGAAGAGGAGAAGGUUUCCAAAAGAGAGCUUAAACGUAGAAGAAAAGAGGCAGAAUGGAAACAAAAGAAAGAACAACUCAAGAAGGCCAAAGACAAGGAAAAGAUUAAUAAAAGCAAGCAGAAGAGAGCUAGACAUGCUUUUGCAGCAGCUGAUGGAGCUACUAAAGAAGUAGUUGAUGAAGAGACCGGCCAGAUCGUUGAAAAGAAGGUCAAUAGGAAAGAACGCAAAGAACUGUGGAAACAGAUGAUCAAAACCUGCAUGAAGGUAGUUAUAGAUUGUGAUUUUGCAGAAUGCAUGAGUGAUAAGGAGCUUAAUUCCUUGAGCAAACAAAUUAUGUACUGUCAUUCUGAAAAUAAGAAAGCAAUCAAACCUGUAAAUCUUAUACUCACAGGGUGAGGCGAUAUCUCAUUCCAAGGACGUCUAAACCAGCAUUCUGCUUAUAACUGGGGAAUUGAUAUUUAUCCUAAGAAAAAGGAGUCUGGAGAGAAUCAAGAUGAAGAAUCUAAAGAAGAAGCAAAGGGAGAAAGUCAUAGUUGAUACAGCCAGUUAUUCGACAAAACAAAGCUUGUAUACCUAACAGCUGAUUCUCCUAACACAUUAGAAUCUUUUGAUGAUGACAAGAUUUAUAUAAUCGGUGGAAUUGUAGAUAGGAACAGACAUAAAAAUAUAUGCUUCAACAAAGCAACAAAGCACGAGAUUGGACAUGCCAAAUUCCCUAUAAUGGAAAAUGUCAACAUAGGUGAUUACUCCACAGUCCUGACAGUUAACCAAGUCAUGAGCAUCAUCCUAGCAGUUAAGAAAUAUGACAAUGAUUGGAAGAAGGCUUUGGAGGAAACCUUGCCUAAGAGGAAGACUCAGAAGAUUAAAGGUAAGAAAGCCAAGGAAUCCAUGAAGCAGAAAGAAGAGAAAUAAUCCACUAAAAUAUCACUAUC